AUGAGCGAACAUGUCAUUUCGCAGACACCCGGGGGCGACCCUGAGGUGGAAAAGGGAAAGAUCUCAGCCGAACAUGUCUAUGACGUGGAUGAGAAGAAUGGAUACAACAGGGCUGGUGCGAUGGAAGCAGAAAACGAGGAGCACAGAAUGGGGGUGCUAGAAGCUGUCAGAGCCUAUCCCUCUGCUUCUUGGUGGGCCUUUGUCAUGUCCUGCACUAUCAUCAUGGAGGCCUACUGUGUCUUCCUCAUGGGAAACUUUAUCGCUCUUCCUGCAUUCGAGAACGCAUACGGUGCAGAAGCUUCCGACGGCAAACGUUAUAUCACCACCCCGUGGCAAUCUGCGCUCCAGAUGGGAGGCCCAGUUGGUGCUUUCAUCGGCGUUUUCCUCGCAGGCCCUCUCACCAGCAAGGUUGGAUAUCGAUGGGCAACAAUCUCUGGCCUCAUGGCUCUCAACGCCUUCAUCUUCAUCUUCUACUUUGCAAACUCUCUGGGAGUCAUGCUGGCGUCUCAACUCCUUGAGGGCAUCCCUUGGGGCAUCUUCAUUGCAAAUUCACCCGCAUACUGCAGCGAGAUCGUCCCUCUUAGGCUGAGAGCUCCUGCCACGCAGAUGCUGCAAAUGUUCUGGGCCAUUGGAGCAAUUAUUGUUGGGGGUGUCGCUCUGUAUUACAACGAGUUGGACGAAGCGAAAGCAUACAGGAUACCUAUCGCGCUUCAGUGGAUGUUUCCUACUCCUCUUGCCCUUCUUAUCUGGUGGGGACCCGAGUCGCCGUGGUGGCUGGUCCGGAAGGGGCGUCUCGAAGACGCAGCGAAAGCCGUCAGACGCCUCGGACGUACAUCAGUGGUUGAGAACAUCAAUGACCAGGUUGCCAUGAUGCGCCGCACCAUCGAGCUCGAGAAAACCGAGAAAGAACCCAGUCUUAUCGAGCUAUGGAAGGGCACCGACCGCUAUCGCACGCUCAUUGUGUGUGGUGUAUAUGCCGCCCAAAAUUUGACUGGCAACCUCAUCGCUAACCAGGCUGUAUACUUCUUCCAACGUGCGGGCAUUUCCACAAGCCUUUCAUUUUCCCUGGGUCUUAUUACAUCAGCCCUUCAAGCCGUCAUGGUUAUGCUCUCCUGGAUUCUUACCACUUAUCUCGGACGGCGUACCAUCUACGUUUGGGGCUCGGCUUUCAACACGGUCCUACUGGUCUGUCUCGGUAUUGCAGCUUCGUUUGGCGAAUCCGUUUCCACAUCCUUAGCGCAAGCAUCUCUAGGCCUUAUCAUCUCAGUCUUGUUCUGCCUGGGACCUGCGCCAGCCUCGUGGGUUAUUAUUGGCGAGACCUCGGCCAUCCGCCUCAGACCUCUAACCACUGGAGUGGGACGCGGUUGCUACUACGCCGUCAACAUUCCUUGCAUCUACCUGGCAAGCUAUAUGCUCAAUGUCAACGGCGGAAACCUUGGUGGCAAAUGCGGCUAUGUCUGGGCCGGCACCGGUCUCGUAUGCGUUGUCAUGGCUUGGAUCUGGUUGCCGGAGAUGAAGAAUCGGUCUUACCGCGAGAUUGAUAUCUUGUUCAAUCGCCGUGUUCAGGCUCGCAAGUGGAAGAAGACUGUCGUCGAUAUCAAUGACGACCAUUAG